CGCCACUUUCCCACGAAUAUAGCAGGCUGGGAUGAAUUAUCGGCUUGAGAUGAGCCUCUGGUCGAAUUCAAGAUCAGAUUGCGAAUGCAGACUGAGAUCCAGUAUCCAGCGAGCCCAAGCGAUCUCCUUUGGAAGGAAUCGAUGAUCGUCCCCACAGCAUCCACCUUGGUGUCACACUAGCAGCCCCAUCAACAUCUCCACUUUCUCCUUUUUUUCUUCGAGAAUGUCAAUAGUAGCCUCAAUCCCCAAAGCAUUCGCAAGCACUCAAACAUAAAUAUGGUAGCCAACUCGUUCCCCCCUCCCCCGCAGCUCUUUCCAGAAGCAAGCCCAGUAGAACCUACUACCAGCCCAAAUCGCCCUCAAGCCAGCUCCCAACAUCUAUCUCCAAAACAGUUGCACAGUUUAUCUCCGAUACACAAUGCCCAUCCCCAACUACGGCGUCUGGGUCGGACGCCCCACGCGAUUCAUUGCGCAAACCUCCCACCAAGACCACAUCACGCCGCACAUCAACCUCUUCCUGCGCGACGACCCGGAAGACCACGAGCGCGAAGACGAAGUGCAAGUCGCCAUCAACGUGAAGUCCACGCAGCACGACACGCGCCUCGUCUUCUGGUUCAUCCGCGACUUCUCGCACCACCCGCUUGUCCACCAGCUCGCCCCGCUCGAGGCCGGCUUCCACCGCAUCAAACCCCACCCGGACAACGAGGACGAGGACGACGAGCGCGAGGCCCCCUACCGCCACAUCGCGCAUCAUCCCACCCUCGUCGGUCUGGACUACCUGCGCACCCAUCCGAAGCUUGUGGAGAUUGAGGCUGGGCGGCUGCUGCCGCAUGACGUGCCGGGCAAUGACAACGAUAUGCUGGAUGAGUUAGAGCCGAUCCUCAAGGAUGCGAUCCACCGGCGGGCGAGGGCGUAUGUGUUUGGGAGCUCGUUUGGGACGGGAAUCCAUGAGGUGCAUAUGAACCAGGGUAGCCGGAAGGCGUACGAGGAUGCGGUGUUCAAGGAUGGCGGGUUGGUUUUCCGGUUUGAGGAUGGGCAUUGGGAAGCGGUGUUUUUGGCGUUUGCAUCGCAGGCAGUGCCCACGGAUUACCGCGGACGGGCGACUGUUGGCGGGGAGGGGAGAGAUUUGGGGGAGAUUUUGGGGUAAAACCUUGGGAUGCCCUGUGUGGGGAUGAUUGAUUGGUGUGAAUCAACUGGAUUAUGUUCAUUAUGUUCAAUUAUCAAUAGUUGUAUCUGGGAUGAGAUAGAUGAAACUGGCUCAUGGUUACCUAGUCUCUUGUAGCUGAAUCGUGAAGCUCACGAUCGCAACCAUAGCCCCGCAGGUUUAGAUCUUUCCUUCUCCGACAAGAAACGCUUUAUAUCCCUCUCCCUUGACGAACGUCUGCUGCCACGGGCCCUGAUCCUUACUCUCCGCCAGCUCCGCAAAUAAUUGCGCAUGUGCCGCGCCGUCAAUGUCAGGACCAGAGGUUCCAUCUGGUUUGCGCUCAUCGACAUAGUAGAACCUUGUUCGUGAUCAGUAGUAGAACCUCAA